UGCCUCGCCCUCUGCAUGCCCCGCCCUCAGGGACAGUUACCGGCUCAGGCCGCGCGCGCCUCCGCAGCUCGCCAGAGAUCCUUCAGACUGGCUGGAGCGCCGCGUUGUCGCCCGCGCCCGCUGAGGGCUCGCGGCUCGGGCGCGCCCGGCGCGAGUGGCGAGCUCCGGCCGUGCGCUGCGACGAGGCCAGGCGGCGGGCGGUUAGCGCUCCGCUCGGCGGGCGGGGAGGACGGGCACGCCGGGCGCUGCACGCCUCGGCGGGCGGGUUCCGCGUCCCAGGACCGAAGCGGGUCGGUGCCCCCGUGUGGAGAGAGGGGCGGCCGGGCUCCCUGGACCCGGACGGCCCCCGGCUGGGCAGGAGGCUGGGGCCAGGGGCCGGCCAUGUCCGCUCGCGCCCCGGUGCCCGCCGCUGCCACCCGGGAGGACCCGCCCGCCGUGGCCGGAGACCGGGACGCGCUGUUGGCAGCGACGAGCCGGCGGGCGGAGCAGCCGGCGCCCGGCGAGCGGGAGGGCAAGGAGGCGAGGGAGGAGCGGGCCGCGGCCGCCACCAGCGCGGGUGCGCGGGGAGAGCCGUCGCCGGCGCUCGUGCUGGGACACAGCGUGCCGCAAGCGGCCGUGCCCGUGAGGCCGCUGGCGCUGCACCUGGCGCACAAGGCGCGUGCGCCCGGGGGUCCCUUCGGCGGGGAGGCUCCGCCGCUGCCGCCGCCGCCUCCGCCGCCGCCACCACCACCGCCGCCGCUGCCGCCGCCAGCACCGCGGGACCCACCGGAGGACGCCCGCGAGGACCCAGCGGCAGCCGGCCCGGAGGACAAGCCGCCGCCGCCGCCGCCAAAGGGGAACCCGUGGACCAAGAAGCUGCCGCAGCACCUGUCCACCGUGGGCACCGGCGUGCCGUCGCCCGCUCAGGACUCCCCGGAGGCCGAGCUCAGUUCCCCCAAAAUUAUAAAAGCGGGAAAACUCAAGACAAAGAAAUCCAACAAGGUAUGCUUUUACAAGGAAGUACUUUUUAAAUGAGUUUGAAACAGUUCUGCUUGAAGUCUGAUCCUAAGACCACUGAAUUUUUACUUCAAAGUGGUUGAAAGUCUACAUUUAAAUAAAUUUAGGCUAGUGACUUCAGUGAUAUGGCAAACUGGCCAACACCAGGUGAAUUGGUUAACACGGGGUCUCAGAGUGUUAUCAACCAAGGAAAUAAAAAGCCACAAAUUAGAAAAGAAAAAGAAGAGAAGAUUGAAAAAAGAAGCAACAGUGAGAGCAAAGAGAACCGGGAAGCAAAACUAGAUGGUCCUACUGAGAACAUCAGCGAGGAUGAGGCUCAGUCAAGCAGCCAGAGGAAGAGAGCUAAUAAGCACAAAUGGGUACCACUCCACUUAGAUGAUGUGAGACCAGACAGCCAGGAAAGACCUGGGUCCCGGAACAGCUCUAGAUGUCAACCUGAAGCAAAUAAACCAACGCACAGUAAUAGGAAAAGUGAUACACGAAGUUGGAGACGGGAGAGAGAAAAGAGAGAUGAUCAAGAUGAAGUGUCCAGUGUGAGAAGUGAGGGUGGUACCAUCCGAGGUUCCACUAGAGGUCGGGGACGAGGCCGGGGCCGAGGAAGAGGCCGAGGCCGAGGGAACCCUCGAUUGAACUUUGAUUAUUCAUAUGGUUAUCGAGAGCCUGGGGAAAGGACUGAGCAGCCAUUUUCUACAGAGCUUAAUACCAGCAUGAUGUAUUACUAUGAUGAUGGCACAGGUGUGCGUGUGUAUCCUGUUGAAGAAACACUGCUUAAAGAGUACAUUAAGCGCCAAAUUGAGUAUUACUUCAGCACAGAGAACUUGGAACGGGACUUCUUUCUUCGAAGAAAGAUGGACGAGCAGGGGUUCCUGCCCAUUUCCCUGAUUGCUGGUUUUCACCGUGUGCAGGCUCUCACCACAAACCUUAAUCUCAUCUUGGAGGCACUUAAGGAUAGCACAGAAGUAGAAAUUGUGGAUGAGAAAAUGAGGAAAAAGAUAGAACCAGAAAAAUGGCCAAUUCCAGGCCCUCCUCCACGAAAUGUGCCACAAACAGACUUCUCUCAGUUGAUUGAUUGUCCGGAGUUCAUACCUGGCCAGGCCUUUGGCUCCCAUACAGUCAGGGUGAUGAUCUACUGAUGCUCUUGGAUGUCAUAUGAUCGGAAUAUACAGUGGAGUAGGUGACUCCCUGAAAUACCAUGUAAAUAUGAGAGCAAAUCGUGCUGCAGAAGUGAGAGUGACCAUACUGUCUUCUGUGCAAGAAUGUCUACGCCCACCCCCUUGUGGAGAAGGUUGGGCCAGCCUGCAGUGGAGAAAACCACCUUUACGAUAAUGAUGUGAGACAGACCAGAGGACUGCGGUUACUGUAGGAGCCUCUCCUUUCUAUGUCAUUAGCUUAGGCUGCACGGGCUACUUCAUUCAUGGUGGGAAAGUUAAUUGUUAUCAUUGGGGAAAUACUGCAAAUUUUAUCUUUUGUUUCCAGGCAUUUAUACUUUGCCCAGAUCAAUAAAGCAGAAAAAGAGAGGAUUGAGUAGCAUUUCCAAAAUUGUUAGGUCCUUUGCUAUCUGACUUGCUCUUUAAUAUAGUAUACUUUGCAUAACUCACAUUUGUCAUUUUUCACAUGUACUAUAAGAUGUAUUAAUGUGAAUACUUAAGGGGUAAGAAAUUUAAGUUAAAUAAAUAAGGGCAUUUUUCCUUUAUGCUUCAAAAUUGUUUUUAAGGGCUUUUCUUUUUUUAUUGUUUAUUUAUUAUUGUGUACAUAUGAUAUGUAUGUUUUCUGAGUGUGGGCAUAUGUGUGCCAUGGUGUGUAUGUGUGGAGAUAAGAGGACAACUUUACAGAGUUGGUUCUUUAUUUCCACUGUGGGACUCAGGUAUUAAACUCAGGUGGUUAGAUAUGCCCAGCAAGUGCCCUUACCUUCUGAGCCAUUUUGCUGGCUUCAAAAUUGUAUUUCAUAUACUGGCAUGAAAGCACUGCCUGCCUAUCUAUGUUCCUCAAACUGUAAACCAGAAUAAAUCCCUCUUGUUAGGAAUUUGGGGACAGCAAUGGAAAAAAAAAAUAAAGUUAGUAUGAAGAAUAACCUGCUGUGCUAACCUGACCAUGUGGUAUGUAGGCUUUUGGAACUGGUCUUCAGAAGGAAUGUGAAAGACUUGGAGGCAGAUCUCUGUGGGUCAUUCUGAGUGGCUUAUGGGAGGCCAGCAUGCCAAUGAACAGCUAGAAAGUGAACAUUAUGCUCAGGAGUUUUCAGAGAGGGGCAAGUAUACUGUGGAGAGGUGAGCUAAAGGCUAUUUGCAUUUUCUUCUGAAGGAGAAUAUGGGUGUAAUCUGCCCAUUCCUGAGAAAGUAAGUCAUAGAGUGAUUUGCAGUUUGUUUGGCAUUGGCAGGUUCAAGACUGAGGCAUGUUUACUACUCACGGUGCUUAUUCAGAUCUGUAGCAGGAGAAAGCAGGAGGACUGGGAAAUGUGCAGUUUGGGGAAUAAAGGAGUGCACCAAGCAGAGUGCACAGAGCUUUUUAUAAUUAAGGAAAUUAGCACCAUUGUUUACUGAGGCAGGACAGGUGCCCUGAGAGUAAAACCUAUGGAAGUCUCCAACUAGUGAAAAUAGGAAUUGAUUUGAAAGAAGAGAAACUAAACUGAGACUGUGGCUAUGUAAACAGACUUUUAUGAGAACUAUUUCCCGGUUUUGGAAGACCACGUGUGUUGGAAUGCUGGUUAGAGGCUAGUUAAGCUGCUUACAGGUAAUAGGAGCCAGCACAGCACCCCAGUCUGGCAGUAGAACUUGGAUGCUUCAUCAGCAUGUAAAAUGCUAGUUACAGAGUCAUGGAGGCUUACACCAUUGUUAGAAGCUCUAUAAGGUCAAGUUGCAAAGUAGUCUUCCAGGCUGUUGGGAGUUCCAGAAUUGUGGAACACCUACCAAGGAAAUCUGGAAUAGAGUCAUCCCAUGAGAGAGGCUGUAUAUAUAUACUACACGUGACAAAGUUGGAGGGGCGGAGCUGUUCAUGGUCACUGGAUCCCAGAUGAUAGUCCCACAAGCCCCAGAUGCUGAUCAUGGUAUAGUGCUUUCCCUCCUAGGUUUAGCUGUUGCUUUGAUCCAGUCUUCCCUUGCUAUACCCCAUUCCUCUCCGUUGGAAUGGAAAUGUUUACUCUAUAUGCCUUUGUACAUUGGAAGUAUGUAACUUGUUUUCUGAAAUUAUAGAAACUCACGGUUAAGACCUUGCCUGGCAUCUCAGAGCCUUUGGGCUUUUGAGCAAUGUUGGGACAAUUAAAGACUGUGGUGACUUUUGAAGUCAGACUGAAUUUAUUUUGCUUUAUGAGCCUAUGGGAGUCAGAGAUGAAAUGUAAUGGUUUAAAAGUGAUUUGUUUGACAGUCAGGUUGACAAGGAGUGUACUUGUGAUAAUUAAUCUUCAUUGUCAACUUGACUGGUUAUGUCUGUGGGGGCAUUUCCAGAGAGGGUUAACUGAAGAGGGAAGACCCAUCCUAAGCAUGGGCUGGGUGCUUGGCCUGAGUACCAGCAUUCAUCUCUGUGCUUCCUGACUGCAGACACAGUGUGACCAGCCACCUCAUGCUCCUAUCACCAUGCCUUCCCUGCCAUCAUGGAUUCUGCCCUUCAAACUGUGAGCCAAAAUAAAUCCUUCUUCCCUUAAGUUGCUUCUUGUCAAGUGUCUUGUUGCAGCGACAUAAAGAGACAGCUAAUUUAUAGCCUAGAAGUAAACAAUGAUGGACUUUUUAGAUAUUUCUGUUUGAGACCAAAAUAUUUCCUUUGGUUUUAUUCCUUGUAUAAUUGCAAACCAUACACAAAAUUUGUUACUCUUUAAAGCACAAAGAACUAGUUUCCGGUGUUUAUCUUUUCAUAGUUUUCUACCCAUAAUGUCUCUCUGCAAGAACUACUGUAUGUUUUUAAAGAGAAGUGAACUUUAGGUUUCUAGUCCUAAAGAUUAUUCAAAUAACUGAAAAAAAAAACAUGUGUAAACUUGGGAUCCUUUUAGCCAGCUUAUGAACAACUAGUUGAGAACAUUAGAUAAAAUAGAAACUAUUUUUUAUACCAGAUAGCUAUAAACUUGGGAUUCAAGAUGAUAUUUUAGCCAGCUUAUGAACAAGUAAUUGGGAAUGUUUGGUAAUGUGGACAUUUUUUUCCAUAAGAUAGCCAAGAUAGUCAAGUUGGAGUUGCCUUUCCAUUAAUAAUUUAUGUAUUAUUAAUAAAAUUGCAGGAAUAAAAUCAAAGUUUUAUACAUUUUACCUUUUUAACAUGUUCAGAUGCACUUUUUAUGUUCAGCAUAAAAAAAUGUCAUGUUGAUAUCAGCUGCUUUAUAUUGCAAAAGAGCAACCAGAUGCCAGAUGUAUGGGAUGCUGACAGAAUCAUGCUGAUGCACAUUAGCUCAGGAGUAAAUCUGUCUUCCAUUUCCUAUAAAUCUUCAUAUCUGACCUGGUUAGUCUACUUGUAGAAUGCUUGGAGAAAUAGUAUGUCACUGGACAUAAGAAGAAAUGAGGUAGGACAACAGACAGCCUAUAUAAUUAUAGGUGGCUACGAGAAAUGAAGCUUUUAUCAAAUACCCUUUAAUAUCAAAUUAGACUAUCUUAAUAACUUUUGAUUAGUUUCUGUGCCAUCUGUACAGUAAAAUAUUUUAACAUAAUUGAUCCUUUUUAUCACAGAAAUGUAAAUAUCUACUUUUUCCUCUUUGGAGGUUGAAGUGUGUGACAUGGGUUGGCAUUGCCACUGAGCAGAAGAUUUUAAUCAGCACAAAAGGUUGAUUUUGAGACUGAGUCCACGAAAGAGGAAGACGAGUCACGCCACAAACCCCCCUCUAGAGUAUCACGUUGGGUGGGUGAUGGAGUCCAGGGACCAUGGGCCAAGACCACCCUCUGUCAGCAGUUCAAAUGCUUCACCUUCAGAAGGUGUGCCACUCACAGGAAGCUACAGCUACCCGCCUCAGUCAUUCACAAAGGUCCAGCAUCCUUCUUAUGAGCUGCUGAAGGAAAAUGGCUUUACCCAGCAAUUGUACCACAGAUAUCGCCGAAAGUGCUUAAGUGAGAGAAAACGCCUGGGAAUUGGACAGUCACAGGAAAUGAAUACCCUCUUUCGUUUCUGGUCCUUCUUCCUCAGAGACCACUUUAAUUGGAAAAUGUAUGAGGAAUUUAGACAACUUGCUUGGGAAGAUGCAAAAGAGAAUUACAGGUCAAACGUUUCCUAAUGCUUUAAAAAAAAAAAAGGCACAAUUUCAUGUAGUCUGGUUUUGAGCUGUGAAAAUAACCACAAUGUAACUGGAAUGAGAAUUGUAUGUGUUUUCUGUUGCUAAAUAAUAAACAAUUCCUAAACUCAAAACAAACAUUUGUUAACUCCUAAAAGGGGAGGGGAUGCUCUGGGACCCAUCUCACCAGAUAGCCCCAGCCCGAGGCCCUUCAUAAGGUUUCCUUCAAGGUAUUUCCAUGGCUAGCCUUUCUGCGGGGUCUUGGCCACUGACCAGGGUAUCAUUUCCUGGCUGCCUCUCCAUAGAGUACUUUUCAGUGUAGCUACUGGCGAAGCAGUGAUUUAAGAAAGUAUAGCAGCGUCCAAGGCAGAAGUCUCAGUAUCUUGAAUAACCUUUUCUUAGAAAUGACAGCAUCUCUUCUACCAUAUGGUAUUGUUCAUACAAACUGGCUCAGGUACAGUGAAAGAGAGACUACAUGAGAUUGCGGAUAUCAGAAGAUAGGGUCAGUAGGGAUUCGGUCUAGCAUUGAGCUAAAUGUUCUUCCUUGGUUAGAGAGAUGCCUCAGUGAAGAGCACCUGAGCUCCAGCACUCACAGUAAGUGGCUCCCAAGUGUGACUCCAGUCCAAGAGGCUCUGAUGUUCUCUGGCCUCCCAGAGUGCUUAAACACGUGGGGUGUACAUACAGCCAAGCACACACACACAUACACACACCCCUAAAUAAAAUAAAAAGAAAUGUUAAAGCCGCUCUCUUAAGCUCCCAUCAUUGUGGACUUCCUGCACAUGCGUGCAUAGCCCCAGAUUAGUGCGUACUGAGAGGCAACGCAGAGUUAAGAUUUCUUGAGAUGAGGGAAAGCAAGACUUCUCAUGCUGAAUGUCCAUUCCCAGUCUGCCCCUCUGUCUUCAGUGGCUCUGCCCCUGAGUGCUGGAGUCCUUGUUGGUUUUUGAUCCACGGUCAUAUACUUGUUCCGGGUACUCUAGUGCUUAUAAGAAGAUACAGGGGAAUGCUUUUUUGAUUUGUAAAGUGAGUUUAUAGUACUCUUGUCAAUAGACUGCUAUGAAUGUAAUUUGUAACCAUCAGGAGCCAUCCAGCUAAGCAUAUACCAUUAUAGUUGAAGAGGUUAAAAACGUGGCCUUCUCCAGAUGGAAGAGUGUAUUGUAAAAAACAAGCACACCAUUUAAUCUUUGCUUUAAGAAAAAUCUAGCCGGUCAGUGGUGGCACACGCCUUUAAUCCUAGCACUUGGGAAGCAGAGACAGGCAGAUUUCUGAGUUCGAGGCCAGCCUGGUCUACAGAGUGAGUUCCAGGACAGCCAGGGCUACACAAAGAAACCCUGUCUCAAAAAACCAAAAAAGAAAAAAGAAAAGUCUAAAAUGGUGUCCCUGAAUCUUUUCACUACUUCUUAGGAAAUAACGCAUGUCAGUUAUAAAUUUGUGUACCACUUCAUCAUUCAUGAAGCUGAGGCAGAAGGAUGGCAAGUUCAGGGCCAGCUAAGACUACAUAGUGAGUUCUAGGGUAGCCUUGAGUAUAGAGUGAGACACUGUAUCAGAAAACAAAACAAAGAAACACUGAACUGAUCUCUUGUUACAGUGUGUGCCGUGUUCACAUGAAGUGCUUGAAUUAUUCUAGCAAAGCCACAAUUUUAUGCCUUUUCUUUUCUUUCCAUAGGUAUGGGUUAGAAUGUCUGUUCAGGUUUUAUAGUUAUGGACUGGAAAAAAAUUUCAGAAAAGAAAUUUUUAAGGAUUUUCAAGAAGAAACCAAAAAAGACUACGAAUCUGGUAAAACAAACAGCCACUCUCUUUGGAAGUUGUAGACUUGAAUUGGUCAAUGAAUAAGAAAGGAAAGCUGGCCAGAUGACUCAGUGGGUAAAGGCGCUUGGCAUCAAACCUGGCAAGCUCCCUGUAACCCCAUGAAGUGCAAGGAAGGAACCUGCUUUGGAAAGAACCUUCCCACAUGUGCAUCUUUGCCUGCAUAUACUUGCAUGUCCACACAUGUGUGCACACGCACAGAUACACACACACACAAACACACAUGCAAUUUAAACAAGAAAGGAAUCGGCAGGUUUUUGUCUUUGGGACAAAUCAUUUAAGAUAGCCCUCUGUUGUAGUUCUUGCUGAGGGUGGGGUAGCUACCAUGCAGCGAAAAGGCUCCUCCAGUGAGGUGCCUUACCUUACACAGGUAUGUGUCAACAUUAACUUCCCAACAAACAUGGCUGCUCACUGGUGGUCCUUCUCACGAGCAUAAUAAGGUUGCUUGGCAAGGUAAAAUUAUACCACGAGGAGUGUAAGCUAUGGUCUGAGUCCCUAUCCCUUUCUCAGUAGCCAUGUGACAUAGGCCAGUUCCUCGACCUUGCCAGCUCCCGUGUUCCCAUCUGCAAUGCUGACAGGAGGAGCUAUCCGCCCAGGCUAGGUACAUGUGGUUCAGAUUGUUCGAUAUUUGAUAAAAACCUAAGGAGUAUCUGUUCUAUAGUAAGCAAUCAGUAGAUGUUAACUGCUACCAUUGCUCAUUCAUUGUAUGUGGUUUAUUGCUGGUGAGAUCCUGUGCACAAUAGAGUUGUUAGUUCCAUAUAGCAUAUAUUCUUUUGUUAUUAAGGCCAGCUAUAUGGACUGGAAAAAUUUUGGGCCUAUCUGGAAUAUUCUCAAUCUAAGACCCAGCCUGUCGACCCGAAACUUCAGGAAUACCUCAGCCGUUUUAAAAAGUUAGAAGACUUCCGUGUUGAUCUGUUGUUUAGCCAUCGGACACUGGAGAAGCCUACAACAGGAGCUUGGUGGUGAGGAAGGGACUAGAAUGGAAAUGCAUCCAAGAAGCUAAAGGAAGACCAGUGAAGAAGUGGCCUCAUUGAACCAUUUUCUUAGAGGAAGGGCUCUGUAUUGCACCCUGAUCAUAGCCUGGCCAGAGACAUAGGGGAAGCUUCUUAGGUUUGUGCUGACUGAACAAGCUAGCCCCAGUGUGCCGAGGAAAUGUAAAUGUACUCCUGUGAGUUGCUGUAAGAAUGUAUUAUCCUGCUAGAGUCUCUAAGCACCAAUGGGGAUGCCCUGGUUAGAAAGUCUGGCUUAGACGCAGAGGGGAGUAGUGAAAAUGUCUGCUCUGCUGUCUUUCGUGCCUUGCAGCUCCCUUCUAGUGAGGAAUUUGGAAGACAAAGACAUUCAUCUACUUCUGGGGAGGAGAGGAUUCACCAUACACUUCCUCCACCAAGUGCUGCUGAGCCUGCAUCUGCAGGGAACUGCAGUCCCAAGGACGGUGUCCAGGGGAAAUCCACAGGAGCCCAGUGACAACUCACAGUGACAGUGCCGCCUUGGCCUCUAGGGUUGAAGUACCAGGGAAGUAGAUACGUACACAAACGUCGUGUAUUCUUGAAAUCAACAUUGGCUUCAAUGUGUAUGUGGAUAGAUCUUCUGAUGUUUAAUUGUGAUAAUCAGAAAAACAAAAAGGAAAAAAAUUGUAGUCUUUUUUUUCCCUAGCAACAUGAACUCCACAUGUUUUCCCUGAUUCUACAAACAAGGUCUGCUUGACGUCAGGGGAUCCCAUGGCGUCUUUGCCAUCACGCUUUCUUGACUGUUUACAAGAACAAAAUUGCUUUAUUUAUUACGCUUAAACACACAUGUUGCGGCACAUGGAAUACCUGACAUUUCAGCUCAUCCCUCUUACAGGAGAUACAGUGUAUUGUAUUCAUCUCUUCUGUAUAACUCUCAGUCAGUUGUCUCCCUGUCAAUCCAUGUUUGAACAUAUCAAAAAGCAAGGGAAGGUUAUGUAUAUAGGUCUUAACUUCAGAAAUGGAGAUGAAACAUACAUUUAUUUUAUUCUUGUAUAUACAUAAUUAGAAGGAAAGUUUCUUUUUCUUUCUUCCUUUCUUUAUUCCCUUCUUCCCUUCUCUCUCUCUCUCUCUCUCUCUCUCUCUCUCUCUCUCUCUCUCAUACACACACACACACACACACACACACACAACAAAGGAAUGCAUAGCAGACUGUAGCUGUAGUGAGGCCUGUGGGUCUGGACACUGCUUUUCCCAAGUCAGAGGCAGUUGCAGCUGCUGUGUAGAUGUGGAACUUUCUGAACUGGCAUAAGCUGGGUGUGUAUACUCAGGCCGAUGGAUUCUACAGAAGCUUGCACGUAUGCUUGAAAACUGCGUUUUACUGGAAUAGUUGUGUAAAUAAAUGAAUUUGUUUUGAAUGUGCUUGCUGUUUACAUGUGCAUGUGGGUGUUUCAGUCACACACUGGUCACCUAGUGUUUCCAUUUCGUUUCUCUUUGUCUUGUCCUAUACUCAUAAUUGUUUUCAAGUGAUGUAAUAAAUUGAUUUUUAAUUCUUAGUGCUAUUGUAACUGAUGUAAAUAAAUAAUAGUUUUAGUUUUGUGGAAUUUAAAAAAUAAAUUAUUUUGAAUCA